GUUCGCGCGAGAGUUUGGAGGGGCGGGUUUGGGGUCCGUCUCUGGUGUGGGGCUCGCAAGGCAGCGCGCCCGAGUCCUGCUUCAACGCGCAGUUAGGGUUCAGGGAGCUGGUUCAGGCGGUCGCCGGGGCAUCCUGUGUCUGGAACGCGCCGCAGCGCUCUGGAGAAGUCGGGACAGCCGCGCUCCCUCCGCAGCCAGGUGCUAGGGUCGGAGCCGCCGAGGCUAGAGAGACAGUUCGGCCGUAUUCCAGCGCCUGGGCCACGGCGGCGGCCCUGGGAGCAGAGGUGGAGCAACCCCAUUACGCUGAAGAUGAAAGUCUGGGGUUGGUUGGCCCUGCUUCUGGGGGCUAUACUGGGAACCUCCUGGGCUCGGAGGAGCCAGGAUCUACAUUGUGGAGCUUGCAGGGCUCUGGUGGAUGAAAUGGAGUGGGAAAUUGCCCAGGUGGAUCCCAAGAAGACCAUUCAGAUGGGAUCUUUCCGGAUUAAUCCAGAUGGCAGCCAGUCAGUGGUGGAGGUGCCUUAUGCCCGCUCAGAGGCCCACCUCACAGAGCUGCUAGAAGAGGUGUGUGACCGAAUGAAGGAGUAUGGGGAACAGAUCGACCCUUCCACCCACCGCAAGAACUAUGUACGCAUCGUGGGCCGGAAUGGAGAAUCCAGUGAGCUAGACCUACAGGGCAUUCGAAUUGAUUCAGACAUCAGUGGCACCCUCAAGUUUGCGUGUGAGAGCAUCGUGGAAGAGUACGAGGAUGAGCUCAUUGAAUUCUUUUCUCGAGAAGCUGACAAUGUUAAAGACAAACUUUGUAGUAAGCGAACAGAUCUAUGUGACCAUGCCCUGCACAUGUCUCACGAUGAGUUAUGAACCAUUGGAGCGGCCCAGACCAACAGGCUUGGUGGAACACCCCUAGGGGAAGAGGGUGGCAAUGCCUUUUUUAUUAUGUUUUUACUGAAAUGAACUGAAAAAAAAAAAAUGAAACCAGAAGUACGAAUUGUGUUGUCUUUUCAUGCCUGGAGUCG